AUGCCUGGACUCUUCCCAAAUCAAAGCACCAUCUACAAUACCUUUCUUCCUACCUCCCCGUUCUACAAGCCGGCCCCUGUAGAACACCCCCAAAAACGCCCGAUCUUCUCGUCGUGGAGCUCAGCCGAUGAAGUUAAGCAGAAGGCGGAGCAAGUUGCUGCUGACGCUGCAAAGCAAUAUGAGAAGGCAUCCAACAAAGCUCAGGCCAAGGUCGGCGGCAUCGAGCUCUACUCGGCCAAGUAUUAUGCUGUCUGUACCUUUGGCGGUAUCCUGGCUUGCGGCAUAACGCACACUGCUGUCACUCCCCUAGAUCUCGUCAAGUGCCGCCGACAAGUCGACUCCAAGAUGUACAAGGGCAACUUCGAGGCUUGGGGAAAGAUCGGCCGUGCAGAAGGUAUACGAGGUAUCUUCACUGGUUGGGGCCCAACCUUCGUCGGCUACUCUGUUCAGGGUGCUGGCAAGUACGGUUUCUAUGAGUACUUCAAGCAUCUCUACAGCGAGAUGGUUGGCGAAGAGAAUGCGGUCAAAUACAAGACCUUUGUUUACCUGGCCGGUUCCGCCUCUGCCGAAUUCAUCGCCGAUAUUGGUCUAUGCCCAUUCGAGUCUGUCAAGGUUCGCAUGCAGACCACGAUUCCUCCCGAGUUCUCUGGUACAGUUCAGGGCGUCAACUCAGUUAUUAGCAAGGAGGGUGUCGGAGGCCUGUAUAAAGGUCUAUACCCGCUCUGGGGCCGUCAGAUUCCGUACACUAUGAUGAAGUUCGCUUCAUUCGAAAACAUCGUCGCUGCCAUCUACAACUAUAUGCCUGGAACCAAGGACGACUACGGCAAAGGAGCUCAAACUGCUGUCGCGUUCAGUGGUGGUUAUCUCGCCGGUAUUCUCUGCGCCAUCGUGUCCCACCCCGCCGACGUCAUGGUCAGCAAGCUUAACGCCAACCGUCAGCAAGGCGAAGCGUUCGGUGCUGCUAUGGGCCGUAUCUACAAGGACAUUGGCUUCUCCGGUCUCUGGAAUGGUCUUCCCGUCAGAAUUGUUAUGAUUGGUACGCUCACCGGCCUCCAAUGGAUGAUCUACGAUUCCUUCAAGAUUUUCGUCGGUCUGCCUACGACCGGCGGAGGUGGCGAGAAGAAGGAGGCAAAGGCUUGA